AAAAAAUUAAAGGGUAGAAAGUCAAAAGAAGAGGAGCACCAUCAAUGGCUGUCCAUGGUGGGAGCAGAGCAUCAACAAGAAGAACAUCCCCAUAAAAAUAUCUGAUCAGCCAGUCCCUCCCAACUUUCUCGCGUGAAUGUCUUUUUCUCUCUCUUUCUCUCUUCUCUUCCUCCAAGAAACAACCAAGAAAUUAUAACACCAACCACCAUUUAUAUUCAAAUCACAACAACUCCCAUUCAUCAAAGCUCCACAAGAAUGGCUUCUUCCUCUGUUGCUUCUUCCCCUGCAGCCAAAUUCGUGAAAACCCAUUUUGAUUUACCCUCCAACAAUGACAACCCACAUCCCAAAAUCCUAUCUUUUUCCUCUUCCGUUUCCAUUUCCAGCCAGAAUUUCCACAUCCGGCGAUCCAAUUCUCCCGCCGCCGUCCUCCUCCCUGUGAUAAAAGCUUCCACCUUUACCGCUUUGGAAUCUGCCGACAUCUCUGUCUCCAAUACCAACCCCAAACUCGGCCUCAAGCCCACCAUUUUGGUCUCCGAGAAGCUUGGAGAAGCCGGGCUGGAGCUGCUCCGGCGAGUCGGAAACGUGGACUGUUCUUAUAACCUCUCCCCUGAGGAAUUAUGCGCGAAGAUCUCACUUUGCGACGCACUCAUUGUGAGGAGUGGGACCAAGGUGACCCGACAGGUGUUUGAGGCGUCCAAAGGACGGUUGAAGGUGGUGGGAAGAGCUGGUGUUGGGAUUGACAAUGUGGAUCUGCAGGCUGCCACUGAAUUUGGGUGUCUUGUGGUCAAUGCUCCCACUGCUAACACCAUUGCUGCUGCGGAACAUGGGAUCGCUUUGCUUGCUGCUAUGGCCAGAAAUGUUGCUCAGGCUGAUGCUUCCAUGAAAGCUGGAAAAUGGCAACGUAACAAAUAUGUUGGUGUUUCAUUGGUUGGAAAGACAUUGGCUGUUAUGGGAUUUGGUAAAGUUGGUUCUGAAGUCGCAAGGCGUGCAAAGGGGCUCGGUAUGAAUGUUAUCGCGCACGACCCUUAUGCUCCGGCUGAUAGAGCCCGAGCGAUCGGGGUGGAGCUAGUUUCUUUUGAUCAAGCAAUUUCCACUGCAGAUUUCAUCUCGCUUCACAUGCCACUUACUCCAGCCACAUCCAAGAUAUUCAAUGAUGAGACAUUCGGGAAAAUGAAGAAGGGAGCCCGCAUUGUAAAUGUUGCGAGGGGUGGAGUCAUCGACGAAGAUGCAUUAGUUCGGGCCCUAGACAAUGGAACAGUUGCACAGGCGGCGCUUGAUGUGUUCGCUGAGGAGCCCCCACCAAAAGAUAGUAAAUUGGUGCAACACGAGAAUGUCAUUGUUACUCCACAUCUAGGAGCAAGCACAAAAGAAGCACAGGAAGGAGUUGCAGUUGAAAUCGCCGAGGCUGUUGUGGGAGCACUGAAUGGUGAACUUGCUGCGACAGCUGUGAAUGCCCCUAUGGUUCCUGCUGAGGUGUUGUCAGAGUUGGCUCCUUAUGUUGUGCUAGCUGAGAAGCUGGGAAGACUAGCAGUACAGCUCGUCGCUGGUGGGAGUGGCAUUCAAUCUGUGAAGGUUGUCUAUAGGUCAGCUCGUGACCCCGACAACUUGGACACCAGACUUCUCCGGGCCAUGAUAACCAAAGGUAUCAUUGAGCCAAUAUCUAGCUCGUUCGUGAAUCUUGUAAAUGCUGACUUCACUGCUAAGCAGAAGGGCCUUCGUAUUAGUGAGGAAAGGGUUGUUAUUGACUCGUCUCUUGAGUACCCAAUUGACUCAAUCCAAGUACAAAUUAGCAAUGUUCAAUCUAAAUUUGCAAGUGCCUUGUCAGAGGGUGGAAAUAUCAGCAUUGAUGGGAAGGUGAAAUAUGGAAUCCCACAUUUAACACGAGUUGGAUCAUUCAGCACAGAUGUUAGUCUAGAAGGAAAUCUGAUACUCUGUCGCCAAGUGGAUCAACCAGGAAUGAUUGGGCAAGUUGGGAAUAUUCUUGGAGAAAGCAACGUUAAUGUGAGUUUCAUGAGUGUUGGAAGGACAGCUAAGAGGACAAAAGCCAUCAUGGCUAUUGGAGUAGAUGAAGAGCCUGAUAAGGAAACCCUUAAGAAAAUUGGGGAAGUAGCUGCUAUUGAAGAAUUUGUUUUUCUUGAACUGUAGUAUCGGGUGCCAGUUUGUUUUUGUGAAAUAUUCAUGUCAGUAAAGAAUCGACAUGCUGCUGGUAAGACCAGCAAAACGAUUAAAAGUUUUGUUUUGUUUUUCCUUUACCUGUCGGUUGUUGUUCGGUGAAUCUGUUUGUCAGAAUAAAGUGUCAGGGAACCAGUAUACAAGUGUUGAAGCUUCUGCUGAUUCAUUCUAAGCAGAAUAGAAAGGGUGAUGCGGUAGUCUUUUCGCAGUCCAGAUUCUGUUGGCUCUAGUCGAAUUGCUUGAAAUUUACUCCUGAUGUUUACUUUUAUUUGUAUUAACUGUUGCAUUCAGCUAUAAGUUGGCUGUUGGAGCAUACAUGAAACUUCAUUCAUGUACAAGUCUAUUGAAAUGGUUCCCUAAUUACCAUCAUGGUGUUUUAAAAAUUCGCCAUAGCAUUCCAAGUUAUUUGUAUGGACUUUUAACUGAUCUGGUUACACCAACUCUUCUUUUUGGGACAUUCAGCAGAUUGGUACUCUAAAUUUAAUUGUAGUAUUUUAAGUCGGGA